AUCGAUCUUCUGUGGGGGAAUGGAAUAGAGUCAAUACUUAGACUCUAGGUUGAGUCAAGUUAAAAGUGGAAGCUCUGGUCAUCAACUCUGGACAUUUCUCAUGCCGAUCACUCUUAUCACUUCCAGCUGCAAUCUACACCAUUGGGAUCUUAUCUUACAGAACCGUCACGAUGAAAUUUGUCUCCAGCAUCCUCUCCCUCGCUCUCGUGGCACUGGCCCUUGCAUCGCCUCUUGAGAAGCGCGCCUCUGCCACCGAUCCUUGCAAUAUUGGCUACUGCACGCAGAACGGCGGUACGACGGGCGGUGCCGGUGGCUCGACGACGACUGUGCGUAGCGUCUCUGAGCUCCAGGCUGCAGCGAGUGCGUCCGGGCCGCGCAUCAUCUUUGUUGAGGGCUCGAUCAAGGGGGCCGCCAAGAUUGAUGUCGGCUCCGACAAGACUAUUAUCGGCCGCCCUGGCAGCGGUCUCGAGGGCGUCGGCCUCGAGGUGUACGGCCAGUCCAACGUGAUCAUCCGCAACAUGAAAAUUGGCAAGGUCCUCGCCGACUAUGGCGACGCCAUCCGCAUCCUCUACUCGACCAACGUCUGGGUCGACCACUGUGACCUGUACGGCGACCGCAGCGUGAGCAAGGACACCUACGAUGGACUCGUGGACCUGUCCCACGCCGCUGACUGGGUGACCAUCUCCUACACAUACUUCCACGACCACUCCAAGGCCAGCCUUGUCGGUCACUCGGACAGCAACGGCGCCGAGGACAAGGGCAAGUUGAGGGUGACAUAUGCCAACAACCACUUUUACAACCUCGCGAGCCGCACGCCCCUCUUGCGCUUCGGCACCGCCCACAUUUUCAACAACCUCUACGACGCCGUCGACACGGGCGUCAACACGCGCAUGGGCGCGCAGGCGCUGGUGCAGUCGUCCGUCUUCCAGAACUCGGGCAAGAAGGCCAUCUUUAGCGAGUCCAGCAAGGAGGUCGGCUACGCCGUGGCCAUUGAUGUCGUGCUGGGCGGGCAGAGCGCCAACACGGCGCCGCAGGGUUCGCUGGGGGCUGGCAGCUUCCCGUACCAGUACAGUCUGCUCGGCUCGGGACGUGUUGCGAGCACGGUGCCGGGGCAGGCUGGCCAGCGGUUGACCUUCUAGUUGGGUUGUAACUUGUGGGCGAGGCAUGUCCAAGUUGGACAGCAUUGACUUGCUACGUUGGUUGGUUGUGGAACUGUCACUGAGGGGUGAGGCUUUCUGUAGCACAACAAGAACCGCUCACUCAACC